AUGAGGUCACCGCGCGUCACGUGCGCCGCUCUAGCAGGUACCCUGGUCACUCUGAGCUCCCUGAAGCCGCGAACAAUUGGACCCAGUCUCUCUGUUCUCUUGCUCAAACGACACCUUACGCCGUCAACCGAGGACCGAUUCCAGCCAACAGCAACAAUGAUUUCCGACGGCGACCUCUACACCCUUGCCAUCUUCCUAGGCUCGGCCUCUAUGGUUCUCAUCGUCGUGUAUCAUUAUUUCGAAGUCAAUGCCCCCGAGAACAUAGCUCAAAUCGAGAAGCCGGCGAAGUCUUAA